AUGGAGGUCAUCGUAGCCGGCGGUGGCGGCGGCGGCGGAGGAGGAUCGUCAAGCGAAAAACGGCGUCGUUCCAUGACAGCAAUAACAGCCUCGUUCUUCGUCCACGUGGUCACCGGGCCUUGGUUCAUGGUGUUCGCUUCAUUCCUAAUCAUGUCCACCGCCGGAACUCCGUACAUGUUCGGCCUAUACUCCGGCGCCAUAAAAUCCGUCCUCGGCUACGAUCAAAGCACUCUAAACCUAAUCAGUUUCUUCAAAGAUCUAGGCACGAACGUCGGAGUAAUUUCCGGCUUAAUCGCGGAAAUCACGCCGCCGUGGGUGGUUUUGGCGAUAGGUGCGGCGAUGAACUUCGUCGGAUAUUUUAUGAUUUGGUUGUCGGUGACGGAAAAAGUGGCGGCGCCGGCGGUAUGGUUGAUGUGUCUUUACAUUUGCCUAGGGGCGAAUUCGACGGCGUUUGCGAACACCGGCGCGUUGGUGACUUGCGUGAAGAAUUACCCGGCGAGGAGAGGCGUGGUUUUGGGGAUUUUGAAAGGGUAUGUGGGAUUGAGCGGCGCGAUUUUGACGCAGUUUUAUCACGCGAUUUAUGGCGAUGAUUCUAAAUCGUUGAUUCUUCUCAUCGCUUGGCUGCCGGCGGUUAUUUCUGUCGCGUUUUUGAGAACCAUUCGGAUUGUGAAGGUCGAUCACCAGACUAAUGAGCUCACAGUUUUUUACAGGUUUCUGUAUAUUUCUCUUGGGCUUGCCGGGUUUCUUACGGUGAUGAUAAUCCUUCAGCAAAAAUUCAAAUUCUCCCACAUCGAGUACAGUUUCAGCGCCGCCGUGGUCGUCCUCCUCCUCUUCUUCCCUGUCUUCGUCGUCAUCGCCGAGGACUACAAAUUUUGGCGCAGAAAGUUGUCUGAAUUUCAAAAUCCUCCGCCAUUCACCAUCGUCACCGAAAAACCGCCGCAGUUACCGAUCGAACUCGAAUCCUCUGCAAACGAAGAAGCAUCGCGCCUGAAAUCCGCCGAAAAACCAGAUCUACCAACGCCGUCGUGCUGGAAAACCGCCCUGAAUCCGCCGCAGAGAGGGGAGGAUUUCACGAUUCUACAAGCGCUCUUUAGCGUCGACAUGCUCCUCCUGUUUCUCUCCACCGCGUGCGGCGUCGGCGGCACUCUUACCGCUAUCGACAACCUCGGCCAAAUCGGCGCCUCUCUUCGGUACCCUAAACAGAGCAUUAGCACAUUCGUAUCGUUAGUGAGCAUUUGGAAUUACUUAGGGCGCGUGGUUUCGGGUUUCACCUCUGAAUUUUUCCUCACCAAAUACAAAUUUCCUCGAACCCUAAUUCUCACGCUAAUCCUCCUCCUCUCUUGCGCCGGCCACCUCCUCAUCGCUUUCAAUCCCCCCGGCGGCCUCUACAUCGCCUCAAUCGUCAUCGGAUUCUGCUACGGCGCCCAAUGGCCGAUUCUAUUCGCCAUAAUUUCCGAGGUCUUCGGCCUCAAAUACUACUCCACGCUCUACAAUUUCGGAUCCGUCGCGAGUCCGAUCGGGUUGUAUUUCCUCAACGUUCGAGUCGCCGGUCAUUUGUACGACACGGAGGCGAACCGGCAGCUGGCGGCGGCUGGAGAGAAGAGAAUAGCCGGAGAAGAGCUGAACUGCGUCGGAGUCGAUUGCUUCAAACUGUCGUUCAUUAUAAUCACCGGAGUUACAGUGAUUGGGGCUCUGUUUUCGUUCCUUUUGGUUCUCAGAACCAGAGGGUUUUACAAGACUGAUAUUUAUAGGAGGUUUAAAGAAGCGGACAAAGAAGAAGAAGAAAACGGCGUCGUUGCAAAGGAUGAGAGAGAUAAGGAAGGAAAUAAGUAA